GAACCGGUCUCGCUCUCUUUGCCAGGUCUCUCCGCCUAUGAAUAGAACCAAAGCUCAAGGCGCGCGAGGUGAAGAAGCGAGGCGAGACGGCGACGACGACGACGACGACGAAGACGACGACGACAACGACGACGACAACUCUCUCUCGUGUGUGCCGACGUGAGGGGCGAGCAAACGCGCGUCUCCGCUUACUUAACCACAAUAUGGCCGUGGUACCGUCGCUGUACACGUUCCUUACGAAUUAUCGUGCACGCAGAUCGCACGUCAAUCAUAUGAUGCUCGCGAUGCUGACACAUAUAUCGCUUGCAAAAGAUGAUGUUUCCUUGAAUCAUUACGCGGACGAUGUAAAUUAUUAUGAUACAUCAAUCAGUAACGGUGACAACGUAAAACCCGUGGAAAAUCUCUAUCUGAUCACCAAACAGCAGUGGCAUAAGGACACUCUGCCACCAAUUUCCUUAUUGCCAUUUACAAAGGGCAUGCCUGCGAGAUCUCAUCACAGGCAGUCCAUGACGGGACUGGAUGAUGCUGGAAUGGAUCUUCAAGUGGCUCAACUCAGCAGUCGAACAGACAAGGAGGUACAUUCCAGAACGACUCUAUCAUGGCUAGACUGGCAAUUACCAUUAUUCGUAACGCUUUGUGCCAUUGCUGGCACUAUUCUUUUUACAUUUCUAAUCUUGUUAUGGCUGAGGAAACAAAUGUCGCGUGAAAAAGAUACCGAGGAUGGCGAUCGGCACGGUCUGGUAGAAGAAGGUGCGAUUUGUCAGCAGGACAAGUUGGCCAAGGACGCAAAAGUAUCAUCCGUGGAAGCCACGUGGGUUCAUCAUGAGACGUUUGCGAAAUUACCCCCCACGUGUACUCACACGUUACAACCGCACACGUCAGGUUUACCGGAGGUAAUGUCCGUAACGACGCCUGAACGUCGACCGGAAGCGAUACGUAUAAAAACGAAAGGAUUGUUGGAACGGCGCGGGUCGAGCACGAGUUUGACCAUAGCGCUGGCACCGGCUCCCGAGAGUCCACCUCACACGAUCACUCCCACUCGAGAAUGCACAACGGAGGAAUUCUUACUGAGCGCGGGAAACGUGUUGUCGCGAAUGCAAUUGAAGAAGGCAAUCAACGAUCCGACGGCGUUGCACGCGGAAUUUUGGGAGGUGCCGUUGAACCUGCCGGACAAAAUAGACGUUUGCGGUUCCGGGGUGAAGAAUCGAUACUGCACCGUUUUGCCCAAUCCGCAGUCGAGAGUGAUUCUACCGGGUUCGUCCGACGAUCCUCUCGCCGGUUACAUCAACGCCAAUUAUAUUCGAGGAUACGACGGCGAGGAUGCUCGAUACAUCGCGACGCAGGGACCACUAGCGCACACGAUAACGGACUUUUGGCGAAUGAUCUGGUCGGAAAAAGUUCCUGUAGUUGUCAUGAUGACUAGAUUGCACGAAGCUUCGAAAGCGAAGUGCGACGCGUACUUUCCCGUCGAUGUGAACAGUCGCUUGCAGGCCGGACCUUUUACCAUUAUUGUUAAUUACAUCGACAUCCGAAACGGGUACACCGUCAGAACCAUGGAGAUCAGGCACGAGGGUGAAAGAAGACACUUGCAACAUUAUUGGUACGACUCGUGGCCGGAUCAUUCCGUACCUCAGACAGCGGACGCGCUUGUCGGUAUGGCCGCUGAGGUGAACACGUUGCCAGGACCAGUGGUCGUUCACUGCAGCGCGGGUAUAGGACGAACCGGCUGUUUCAUAGCGUUGGGAAUAGGAAUGACGCAACUUGAAAGAGACGGAAACGUCGACGUGCUGGGUAUUUUGUGUCAGAUGAGAUACGACAGGGGAGGAAUGGUGCAAACGGCCGAGCAAUACGAAUUCGUUCACAGAGCGCUUUAUCUCUUCGAGCAGACGCUCGACACAAAACCGUCGACCUCGAGCGAUUGAACGGAUAUAUUGUCACAAAGGAAUCUCUUUCUCUCCGUUUUUUUUUUCGCUCUCUUUCUCUCUCUUGCUCUCUUUUUCCCUUUUUCUCUCUCUCUCUCUCUCUCUUUCUCUGUCUCUUCGAAGAGAACUUUUGCCUAUAUGGGAAACGUUAUUUCGUGCAGGUAUACGUGUCUGGCCACCUAGAGUGGCGUUAAUUUUUAAACUGAAUUUCGAAUAUCAGCCUGUGAAUCGGCUCCUAUUCUUAUCCGAGCGAGUCGAGACUCACGUUCAAACAAGCUGCCAUUUACUACUGCCAUGACAAAUCGUUGACAGUUGAUUACAGUCGCUCAAACAAAAGAAAAAAGAAGACAGAAAUUUACACAAGUUGUGGAAACGUAUUUUCUAAGCACAGGUGCUUUUUAAAAACCAAACGAUGAUAAACACAAGUAGUUUAAAAAAAAGGGAAGAACGUUUGCGUUUGUAACGGCGUGUGAAUCUCAUUAUAUGCGCGUGCGCUAAUCGCUUGAGAGUGUCGCAAAUCGGAUUUAUUUUAUAUAAAUUACAAAGAAGAAACUCUCUUGUUGUAUAAAUGAUUGAUUUCAGAGGAGAAACAAAUAUGAAUCUAGUAAUACAAAACUAAUUUUACACACACACACACACACACACUUAUAUGAGGUACUAAUAGAUAAUAUUAUAAACUUUGUAAAACUUUUUGAACUCUCGGUUACUAAACUCGAAAUCCGUACAUAUAUUGUAAACUGGGCUAAUACGUUUCGAUAAACUGUUAAUCAUGCAAUAACAAUGUAUAAAAAUAGUUUUGCAAUUCUAACAACUGACACUAACAAGAUAUUCGUUACCGACAAAAUUUAUUGAAAAUUUAAUUUUUUUCUAACAUAAAAAAAAAACGUGUUAAUUAUUACUUUAACGGAACGAUUGACUUAAAUAAUCCAUGACGAUGGCUUGAAUAACACUUACUUAAUUUACGGGACCCAAAAAUUGAUUGUUCCAUUUCCAGUUUCUAUUUGGUUUUGAAAAGUCUUCUCUAUUUGUCUGUCUCUCACACACACAAACACACGCACAUAAACUCUUGCUCUCUCACUUUUUCUCUCACUUUUUCUCUCUCUUUUCCUCUCCUCUCUCUUCACACACUCUCUGAUUUUUACUUUUUUUUUUUUUUUUAUUCCUCGACUAAGACUGAACACAGCAGUUACAUAGUACAAUAUAUAAUAAUUAAAAAAAAAGACCUAUAUGAUUCAGAGUCUCACGCAACAACAAUGAAUAAGUGUUAAUUUAAUUAAUGAUAAUCGAAUUGACACUUAUUUUUUUGAGGGAAAUACGCGCAUUAUUUAUUUAUAUAAUAAAUUUAGUAGUGGGUUAUAUAUGUAAAUAUAAACAGGGUUCUCUCUGAGAAGCUUAAGCAUCGGUAACGUGUGCCAGGUGAUAUUCAUUGCUUUAUAAAUAUGAAUACAUACAUCAGUUAUGGAAAAAAAAUUAUAUAUAUAUUAAAUUCAGAGAGAACAAGAUUAAAGAAAUAAAUUUAAUCUUUAAAUUGAGACUCACAACGUAAUAUAUAUAUAUAUAAAAAUAAGGGAAGCAACUUUUAAGAAAAUGGAAUUUUGUUGAUUCACAUAAGUUGUGUAUAUAUAAAAUUAAUUGUUGAAACUUGACUUGGAAAAAUUGAUAAAUUAAU